GAGCAUAUGCGGCCUUGUCAGGCAAGUCUUCUCCAAGUGUGCGGAUCGCAGUCACGGAACUACUCUCAGAAAUUGACUUGAAAAUUCAGAAUUUAAGAUGAAGUUACUCGUUGUGUUGGGCCUUAUUGUGGCCAUCGCUUCAGCCACUCCCAUCGAUCAAGACGACAAAGUUGAGGAAUUGACUGUGGUGUCAAUGCCCGAUAAAGGUGAGCCAGCAGUGGAAGAACGCCAAGUAAUCUCCAAUCUUGCUAAUCUGGUCGGAUCUGCCAACGUCGCCGAUUUGACGGCCAUCAUUCAGCAGCUCGUCAGAGAAGAGCUCAAGAACAUUUUGGCCAAUUUGCAAAAUGCCCAGAAUUUAACGACCACCACUCUCAGCGGUUUGAUCAACGCCGACGAGUCCAACUCCGAGAAGCUCCUGCAGGUGGUUGUCAAACAAGAAGUCGACAAGCAAGCCGAGGCCAAGCCGGUGUACUUUUUGCCUCGUCGCCCGGGUUACUUCCCACCUCAGCACCCGAUGUACUACGGACCGCAACAGGCCGUUCCUUAUUACAACGAAGAACCUUACUUCUAUCGCGGUGGCCCGCAGUGGCGUCGCAUCAACCCAACCGACGAGACUCUCAGCGAUAUGGACGCCCUCGCCGAAUUAGAGUUGCUGCUCAAUGAGAAAGGAGAAAUGUCCAGUGAGGCUCGUGGUCUCAUGUCCAGUCUCUCGUCCACCACCAAUUCGGCCAAGGCUAGUUUCAAAUCGUUCGUCAACAACCUGUCGUCGGCAUUGCCGUCGUUUUCUAUCGUCAGGAAAACUUACUUGGUGCCCGGCUUAGCGAUCAACGGCUAAAUUCGACACGUUUAUUGAAGAGCGCAAGCUUUUCCAGUACAUUUACCGACGUUUUUCCCCAGCUCAGUAUUUAUAUUUGGUUAAUUGACAGGAUUAUCCCCUCAUUGUUCUGUUUUACUUUUUUUAUUAUUACGAUUUAACAUGCUAUUCGAACCUCAAAAUACAAAUUGUUGCACAAAUA